AUUCCUAUUGUCCAAGAUGGCGGCGCAGACGCGGACGCUCCGAGGCUGAUGUUCCUGAGCGCGUUCACGCUUUCAUUCGGACGUGUGCGCGAAUAUCCAACGUUACGGAAGCCGCCUGCGGCCACGUCUGCACCGCUGACACCACGAGUGAAGGUUUGAUCUGAUAUCACCUCCUCCUCUUCCUCCUCCUCCUCUUCCUCCUCCUCCUCCAUCCUCCUCCAGGAUGAAGAGGCAGGCCGGGCGGGAGGCCAGUCCGUCCAGGGCCUCCGCCAAACGGGUCAGGGAGCGUGAGCGCAGAGAGGAGCUCCUCCACCCUCCUCCUCUUCCUCCUCCUCCUCCUCCUCCUCCUCCUCUGGCUCUCCUGCUGGCGGAGAGCAGGAGCUACCACCACCGCCGCAGCCGCAGCCGGGAGCGUGAGAAGCUCCACCACCAGCACCACCACCACCACCACCACCACCAGGAGCUCCUCCACAGGCCGCCGCUGCGCACCACCACCACAGAGCCUCCUCCUCCACCUCCUCCUCUUCCUCUUCCUCCUCCUCCUCCUCCUCGCCCCGGCACCCUGGAGUACAAGACGCUGCUCAUCAGCAACCUGGGCUCUCAGGUGUCGGACGAGGACGUGGAGGACGCGCUGUUCCACGAGUUCAAGAAGUUCGGCGACGUCAGCGUGAAGUUGUCUCACACGCCCGAGCUGGGCCGCGUGGCCUACGUCAACUUCAGGCACCCCGAGGACGCCAAGGAGGCGCGGCACGCCAAGUCCUCCAGGCUGCUGCUGGGAGACCGGCAGCUGAAGAUAGAGCCCAUGUACGUGAGGAGGAGGAGCGUGACGCCGCCCGAUGCCGGGUUCCUGCCCGCGUUGCAUGCUGGGUACGCGUACAGGCAGCGGUCGUUGUCUCCGCCCGGAGGGAGCAACAUCAGGGACAUCCGGGCUCGGCACUACGCUCUGGAGGGGCUGAGCAGGGAGCGAGAGCGGCUGCUGGACUACUACGGGAUGCUGGAUGAGCGGGGUCGACCGUACGGGUUCCCCCCCAUGCCGGUGGUGGAGGAUCUGAAGCCGGAGGACGAUCAGAGGGCGACCAGCAACUUGUUCAUCGGGAACUUGGACGGCAACGUGACGGAGGCGGAGCUGCGACGGGGGUUCGAUAAGUACGGCGUCAUCGAGGACGUGGUGAUCAAACGGCCGGCUCGUGGGCAAGGCGGCGCGUACGCUUUUGUGAAGUUUCAGAAUCUGGACAUGGCGCACCGAGCCAAGGUGGCCAUGCAGGGCCGCCUGAUGGGAGGCAACCCCAUCAAGAUCGGCUACGGGAAGGCCAACCCCACCACGCGGCUGUGGGUGGGCGGGCUCGGGCCGGGGAACUCGCUCGCCGCUUUGGCUCGGGAGUUCGAUCGCUUUGGGAGCAUCAGGAAUAUCGACUAUGUGAAGGGGGACAGCUUUGCGUACAUUCAGUACGAGAGUCUGGACGCCUCCCAGGCCGCCUGCACCCAGAUGAGGGGGUUCCUUGGGGGUCCAGAGCGGCGCCUGAGGGUGGACUUUGCCAAAGUGGAGGAGAGCCCCACUCGGGCGUUCCCCCCGGCUACCAGCCCCGUGGUCGCCCCCUCCCACUACGACCUCCUCGGGGAGGCCUACAGCCGCCAUCGCAGCCUGGAGCGAGAGCUGAGGGGAGCCAGGGACCGCUCGCCCGCGCCGCCGGCCUCCCACAGCCUCCUCACCCAGAGGGAGCGGGCGCUGCUGGAGAGGGAGUACCCGGCCAGCCCGACCCGCAGCCUGGAGAGGAGGACGGGCGGCGUGGAGGCGUUCGGGCGGAGCGGGAGGGGAGCGCGGAGCCGCAGCAGGAGCAGGGAGCGCUGGCUGAAGGAGAGGGAGGAGAGGAGGAGCAGGAGCAGGAGGAGGAGCAGGAGCGCGUCGACCGACCGGCUGACGGAGGAGAGGGAGCGAGAGAGGGAGAAGGAGAGGGGGAGGUCGAGGGUUCGAGGUCAGGGCGGGGGGGCCGUCUCCCCCGACGCGAGCCCGGACCGAGCACGGGUCCGCCCCGACUCCACCACCGAGCCGACAGACCACACCCCGAGAACGGACGACCCUCCGUCCAGCCGCCACCACAGCAAACGGUCCGGCGAGCAUCUCAACAACCACCACCAUCGGAACAGCGAGGUCGUCGCCGCCGUCGCCCCCGCCACCGCCGCCGCCGUCGUCGCCGUCUCCCCCGCUGUCCACACGGACAACGCCUCCUCCCCUCCCGGCACGCUGUCCGAGUUCGCCCAGGCCUCGCUCGCCAAAUCGUGGCACGGCUUCUUCGCGCUGAAGAACAGCAGCUUCCCCACCAACCUGUACAUGCUGGAGGGGGUCGUCGUUCUUCGGCGCCGUGAUGAGGACACCCUGAAGAGCCAGCCGGGCCAGCUGAAGAUCGCCCAGCGGCUCCGCAUGGACCAGACGCGACUGGACGAGGUGUCGCGGCGCGUCAAGCUCGGGCGGCCCGACGGGUACGCCGUCCUGCUCGCCCUCCAGGGCCCCAUCGACCGCCAGGCCGCGGGCCCCGAGCCGGGCCUCCAGGCCCGACUGCUUCGCCACCUGGUGACCUACCUGCGCAACAAGGAGGCGGCCGGCGUCGUGAGCCUGCCGGGCGCCAAAGAGGGGGGGCCCGGGGCGAUGCUGUACGCCUUCCCCCCCGGGGUGUUCUCCCAGCAGUACCUGCAGGCCGCCAAGAGGACUGUGGGUAAUCUGGACGAGGAGCACAUGGUCAUCGUUAUCGUCAAUGACACUAACUGACACUUUGGUGAACAGACGCUUUACUAUGAAAUACUUCCAUGUUGUUUUUAUUCAUCUUACACAUGAAAUAUGACAGAGGACACUACAUCUCUCUUUUGUUACUUUAUCUCUCACUGAACUUAUUGUCACAUUUACAGGAAAUGAUUUUACAUGACGGGUCGUUUUAAAAACACUUCAAGGAGAGAGGACGUUGAUGUGCAGGCCUACACGCACACACAGGCAGCACUGUCGCUUUUAUACUCUUAAGCUGUAACGUACAAAACACUAAACCUUUUGUUUAUAUGCUCGUUUACUUUAUUUCUUUUUUCCCUUUUUAUCCGAAGAUACCAAGUUGUUCUGUGUAUCCAAUAUAUACUCUGAGGUUUUUUAUACAAAGUGAUUGUAAGCUGGAUGGGAUCGUGACAUCUGUCUCCUCUACUGGCUUCUACUCGGCAGGUUGAGACCCCCCCCCGUCCUCUGUGACUGUAUAUUUGACAUAGCUAGGUGUUUGUUUUUUAUCAAUUGAACCAUUCCAGUUGUUUUUUGAAAGGUGUGUGAGUGUGUUUUCGUUCUGUUUGCAUGCAGGAAAAGAGGAAGAAGAAAAAAAAAGUUUUUGUCUUUUUUUUGGCGAUAACGUGUUCAUCUGUCAUACUGGUGCGAGGUCUGAUCAUAUUGACUGGUUCGGAUUUUAUAUUGUAUACAGACUUUUAAUUGAUUUGAAUACAUCGAUCCAUCCAUCUCUUAUCCAUCCUUGCUCCUUUUUUUAUUUUCAUCUGCCAUUACUUCAGAUCCAGCAAUGUCUUUACUUUGUUUCCUAAAAAGUUAGUAGUGAUGUGUAGAAGUGUUUGUAAGAGGAACUUCUCCAUAGUCAGUGUUUCACUACAGUAGAUGGAGCUGUGGACAUAUUUUAGACAACUAAAAGAAUCAAUAUCAGUGUGAGUGUACGCUGUAUUUAGGAUAUUUUCACAGCCACCAGACUCCAUUGAGAAAAACAGUGAUUUAAGCUCAAAGUUGCUGGUGUACUGCUGCCUCCAUCGGUUAGUUUGUUUGUGUUAUUGUGUGACGUUGGUGUUUUUAAAGGGUUAAGUCAGAUUCACCAAAGUCACAAAAUAACACCAACAAACUAACUGAUGGAGGCAUCAGUAGACCAGCAACGUCUGUGUUCUGCACGCUAAAAUGAGUGUUUUUGUCAAAGGAGUCUGCUGGUUUUAAAGAGAGUAUAGAUUGAUGAGAUGGCUUAUGUUCCCCGUCAGACAACAAGGUAAAGAGGUGAAUAUAGUUUGAAUAUAGUGUACAGUUGAACUGAUAUUGAUUCUUUUAGGCGUCUUAAAUACGUCCACAGCAGCACUUUGCUUUGCUCCAUCUUCUGUAGUAAAACACUGACUAUGGAGAAGAACCAUCAUACAAACACACCUUAAAAACAUCACAACUCACCCUUUUAAUGCAAACAUCAUUCACACCUGAAAAGCUCUUUAAUUAGCUCUAGAAUUAUUCAAACAACACAUGCGUGGUCAUUUCAAUCAAACUCACUCCAGGAAUUCACAAAGUCUUUUUGAAACCCCUCCAGAGAAAGUUUUGUCUUCAUCACUAAUCUUUUGGGAUUUCUGUAACUGACCCGACGCUGAGCUCCUUUUUUUAACUUCAAUGUUAAAAUGUUUGUUCCAAGAUGAUAUUUUAGACACAAAAACAGAAAUACUCCCAGCCAGAUGAUAAUGAAUGAAAUCUCAGAGAAAUACAAUUCAAAUGUAAUGAUCCUUGACACUAUAUCGUUCCGUGUGGUUUGCAGUUUGCACCAACUCAAUGAGAAUGUAUGUAGUUCGUAUAGAAGACGUGUGACAGCUCUCGUCACACGGCUGCUUUUCAGCUACAUGUGAUGUUGUUUACUACAUUUAUUGUUUUGUUUCUUACAAAAGCCAGGUUGGUUCUGUUAAAACUCACGAGGAAAAUGAAUCAAAUUUUAACAGUUUAGUCUGUUUUUAUCAGUAAACACUGUUUCUGUUCAGUGAUUAAAAAAAGAAUAAAGAAGAAUUGGACUGAAGUUAAACAUGUUUUUUAUAGAUUCCCCAUAUUUGCUGUUCUUUUAUUUAGUAGAGAAGACUUGUAUGAUGAGCUUAAAAACAAACAACACAUCUAGAGUUUAACGUUCAUGUUUUCUGACAAAUAAUAAAGGACUCGGGCUGCAACUGUUAGUAUUAAACAUUUAUCUUUUUUAAUUGAUUUGUCAUUAAAUGUCAGAAGAAAAGUGCAUUUUGCCCAUCAUAAUUUCCAUAAAACAAAGGUACAAAUCAAAAUGCUUCACAUGAAACAUAAUGAGGCUUUCAGAAGUGAAAAAAAAAACAAGGCAACAUUAAAAGAUGUAAUUUAUAAGAGUUUAAUAGAAAUAAAACAUAAAAAUAAGCAGUAACAGGAGGAUAGGAAUUACAUUACAGCGACAAGAUUUAAAUAAACAUUUGAAGUAAUAUUCUCUAGAUUUGCAACAACUAAUCCAUUAGUUGUCAGAUAUUAAAUUGAUCAACUGUUUUGAUAAUUGAUUCAUCGGUUUACAAACUUUUUUUAAAGAAAAUAAGUCAAAAUUCUUGGAGUCCAGCUUCUGAAUAUCUUCUGGUUUCGUUCCUCCUCUGUGACGGUUCACUGAAUAUCUUUGAGUUGUGGAUAAUAAAAGACAUUUGAUGACGUCAUGCUGGACUUUGGAGAAACACUGAUCCACAUUUUUCAACAUUUUCUGACAUUUUAUAGAUCAAAUGAGAAAAUAAUCAACAAUAACCGUUAGUUGCAGCUCUCAAAUCUUCAUGUAGACAAGUUGAACUGGAAGCAAUGUCACUGUUGUUAAUGGAUAUCUUAAUUAUGAACAUCAAUUUUCCAUUUUUCAUUCAGUUUUUUCAAAGUGUUAAUUAAUUAACACCCCGUCUGCUACAGUCAGAGUUUACUGCCAGUGGUGGAAAAUAAUUUGCUAUAUUUAAUUACAGCUUUUGGAUAUUUGUAAUUUUGGUAUUUCAGUUUUCUACUUCAUUACAUUUCAGAGGUACUAAUUGUACUUUUUUUUAAUCCUCUUUGUUUAUCUCACAGAAAUAGUUGUUAAUUGUUUUUGCAGAUUAUUUGUCAUAUAAACACAAAUGCUUAUAAAAAAAAAGGAUGUUUCAGUGGAAAAAAGUAAGAACUUUUAGUCUGGAAAUGAGUCUUAAAGUUUUCCCAUAGAAAAAUGUUAACAUCUGCUGAGUGUAGUUGGAAUAUUUCAAUCUGUUUUUCAUUAUAAAUCAACUGGAAUAAUUUUGUAAAAAUCAAUUUUAAAAACAAUCAUUUUGAAAACACGUUGAUGAAACAGGUUGAAAUAUUCUCACUGCAAGAAUAAAGUUUCAGGACUCAAUUACAGACAGAAAAGUCUUCAUAAGAAUAAAGCUACUGCAGAUGAAAAACUUUAUUGAUCGUUAAAAC